GAGACAGGCCUGCCUCUCUUCUGCCUGACCUUCUGCUGUCUACAUUCUGCAGGGAUGAUAUGCAGAAAGCCAGCAGAUCCCAUUGACUGGCUGCCUCUGGUGCUCGGGUUGCUCGCUCUGCUGAAACAGUUUCACUCGCGGUACACUGAGCAGUUUCUGGCCCUGAUUGGCCAGUUUGUUCAGUCAACGAUGGAGCAGUGUACAAGCCAGAAGGUCCAAGAAAUGCCAGCAGAUGUAGUGGGUGCCUUGCUCUUCUUGGAAGAUUAUGUCCGCUAUACAAAGCUACCACAAAGGGUUGUUGAAGCCCAUGUGCCUAGUUUCAUGUUUGAUGAGUUCCGAACAGUUAUGUGAACUCCAAGAGAAAUACAAUGGCCCUAGCUGGAAAUACUAAACGAGAAGAGGAAAUGGGCAAAGGAAAAUAGCACUUCAGAACUGGCUUUAAUUUUUGACUUGCGGAAAUAUAUUUAUAGCUGCACUAAUUUACUUUAAUGGUUUGAUACUAAACCAGACUUCCCUGAACUGUUUUCCUCCAGCUGCAACUCCCAUCAGCCCCAGCCAGCAUGGCUGAUGAGAAUUGUAGUCCAAAAGAGCUAGAGAUGGCCAGAUUGGGGAAGGCUGCACUAAGCCAUGUUAAGUAAGCCUGUUUAAAAAUCAUGCCAUAAUGCUCAGCUGAUUAUUUUACACACACAAUGUGUAUUUUGUACUUUAACCUGUAAUGUUGUGUGCACAAUUCCUGUAAGUACAAAAAUCAUUCAUUGUGUGUAGCAAUUAAAAGAAUGGUGUUGAA